CGGGUAGCGCCGGGUAGCUCUACAGGGUACAGUUACAGAUCCUCGGUUGUGUUGUCCAUAGGAUGUAUAAACACCCUUCAAACCUGGACUCAUGAUCGAUCCUCCCUCUGAUCCCCUCAUGGUGGAGCCUUCAUCAGCCUGACCACCCUCAUCAUCCUCAGUGUCAUCCCCACAGUGUCUGAAAAGGUGAAGCGUCUGUCACCCCGUGGGCCGAGAUGAGAAGAAUAACGGGAAAAGCCAAGGAUGAAACUUUGAUCGAGCUGCAAAGCACCACGGAUUCACAAACAGGAGAUGGUCCUGCAGUGCUGACCGCGUUCAGGAUAAACCUGCGCUCAGAUGAAAACAAUGGAAAUGGAGUUAAUUCAUUGUCUGAGAGACCGAUGCUGCCUGGACAUACUGAAACAGAAAAGCUACAACCAAACAAAGACACAGUGUUCUUCAGGGAUGGAGUGCGAAGGAUUGACUUUGUGUUGUCUUAUGUAGAUGACAAAGAUGGAGAAAAGAAACAGGAAAGGAGGAGGGAGUUUGAAGCCAACCUUGAGAAAGCAGGACUGGAGCUGGAGACAGAGGACAAAGCAGACUCAAAAGACCAAAAAACCUACUUCUUAAAGAUUCAUGCUCCAUGGGAUGUACUGGCCACUUACGCCGACGUCCUAAAGAUUAAGGUUCCCUUCAAAGCCAGUGACAUCCCACAUGGUCAGGAUGUCCCACUGGAGUGGCUCUCACAUCCUUUCCGCCUGCCGGAGCACAUCAUGCGCCCAGUUCCUGAUUAUUUCACCUACCCCUUUGACAAGGGCAAGACCGACUUCUUCCUCAUAAAUGACAAGGACACCUUCUUCCCACCAUCCACAAGAAACAGAAUAGUUUUCUACAUCCUGGCUCGGUGUCCGUACUACAAAGAGGGAAGGAACGACAGAGAAAAGACUGGAAUCAAGCGACUGCUCAGCAAUGGGACUUACACUGCAGCCUUCCCACUUCAUGAUUGUCGAUACUGGAAAAGAGCAAGAAACGCUGAAUGUGAGAGUGAGCGCUACAACUUGUACAAGCACUGGGCCAGGUUUCUGUGCUUUUACAAAGAGCAGCCUCUCAACCUCAUCAGGAAAUACUACGGAGAGAAGAUAGGGAUCUACUUCGCUUGGCUUGGUUUCUACACAGAGAUGCUGUUCUUUGCUGCCGUCAUGGGCCUUAUAUGUUUCACCUAUGGAGCACUCAGUUACGAUGACAACAUAUCCAGCAAAGAAAUAUGCAAUGACAGUAUUGGAGGCACUAUCCUGAUGUGUCCUCUUUGUGACAAAAAGUGUCCUUUCUGGAAGCUCAACUCUACGUGUCUCUCAUCAUGGCAAUCCCAUCUGUUUGAUAAUGAGGGAACAGUAUUCUUUGCCAUAUUUAUGGGGAUUUGGGUCACUCUGUUUUUGGAGUUCUGGAAGCGGCGUCAAGCCCGUCUGGAGUACGAAUGGGACUUGGUGGACUUCGAGGAGGAACAGCAACAGCUUCAAAUCCGACCCGAGUUUGAGAUCCGAUGCACUAACAGGAGACUCAACAAGAUCACUCAGGAAAUGGAGCCGUAUCUCCCCAUCACCAGCAAGUGUGCUCGUUUCUGCCUUUCAGGAGCCACCGUUCUCUUCUGGGUUUGCCUGAUCGUGGCCUGUAUUAUCGGGGUCAUAGCGUACAGGCUGGCCGUGUACGCUGCCUUUGCAAGUAUCAUUAAAGACCCAAUGAGGAAGAUCCAGGUGGUGGGCAGAUUCAUCACUCCACAGCUAGCAACUUCUGUCACAGCGUCCUGCAUCAACUUUGUCAUCAUAAUGAUUCUCAACUUCUUUUAUGAGAAAGUAGCUGUUUGGAUCACUGAUAUGGAAAUCCCUAAGACCCACCUGGAGUAUGAAAACCGUCUGACCAUGAAGAUGUUUCUGUUCCAGUUUGUCAACUACUACUCCUCUUGCUUCUACCUGGCGUUCUUCAAGGGCAAGUUUGUGGGAUAUCCUGGAGAAUACUCGUACAUGUUUGGAGGGUUGAGCAAACUGAGGAACGAGGAGUGUGAUCCUGGAGGAUGUCUGAUCGAGCUCUCAACACAACUGGUGAUCGUCAUGGCAGGAAAACAACUGUGGGGGAACAUUCAGGAGGCGCUGCUGCCGGUGAUGCGUAACUGGUGGAGUGGCAGAAAGGGACGGCACCAUCCAGAGAACCAUUACAGCCGCUGGGAGCAGGACAACGUUCUGCUGAACUUCAGCCAGCUGGGCUUGUUCUACGAGUAUCUGGAGAUGGUGAUCCAGUUUGGCUUCAUCACUCUGUUUGUGGCGUCGUUCCCCUUGGCUCCCCUCCUGGCUCUGUUCAACAACAUCCUGGAGAUCAGAGUAGACGCCUGGAAGUUCACCACCCAGUUCAGACGACCAGUGGCAUCCAAGGCCAGGAACAUUGGAGCAUGGCAGGAAAUCCUCAACGCCGUGGCCAUUCUGUCUGUUGUAACCAACGCCUUCAUCAUGGCAUUCACCUCAGACAUGAUUCCCCGUAUGGUCUACCUGUACGCCUACAGUGAAAAGUCCAACAUGAGGGGUUAUGUCAACAACAGCCUGUCCGUUUACAACAUCUCACAGAUACCUGAGGCCCACAUGCCAGAGGAGCAUGACAGCUGGAUGGAUAACUCCACCACCUGCAGAUACCGUGACUACCGUUACCCUCCAGGCCACGAGAGGGAGUACAAACACACAAUGCAGUUCUGGCACAUCCUGGCAGCUAAAAUGGCCUUUAUUAUUAUCAUGGAGCAUGUUGUGUUUGUGGUGAAGUUCUUUGUGGCAUGGAUGAUACCGGACGUCCCGUCAGAUGUGAAGGCACGGAUUAAACGUGAGCGCUACCUGACGCAAGAGUACUUGCAUAACUACGAGGUGGAGAGGCUCAAACUCCAGCUGAGCGCCAGUUUCAUCACCGAACCUCCCUCUGAAAUGACCUCCCCAACAGACAAGCAUGAAAUACUGUCCGAGUGCCUGUAGCCUCUGCUUCAUUCCUUAAAAAAACAAACGGUUUCUGGGAGCGAGGACUUAUGACUUUGGGAUCAAAACGCUAUUUUCUUCUCCUUUCUUGACUAGGCAUUAAUGUCUACAUACUCCUAUAUUAGGAUGUGUACAUCAGACAUCAGAAAAAAACAUUUGACUUUGCUAAUAAUUUUCAACUCAGCUUCUUGUGUUGAAAGAUGCUGCCAAGUAAUCUCACGAAGCAAAACAUUUGUAACUGCUGUAUGUAGUAAUGCCUUCUUUUACUAGUGUUUAAUUUCUUUACAUGCUGAUAGAGUGAGCCACUGCAGUGUUAAAUAUGUGACAUAUGGUGUGAGUAGCAAUUAUCAAGACUUUAAGAAGAGUUGGAUAUCAGUUUAUUGAAUUAUCUGCAUGUGAUUCCUAUAAAAAGAUCACAAAAUGAAGGACUGAAAGAAGCUAUAUGUGAAUUGUGAAGUGUCUGAAUAUGCUGGGUCUUUGUGGUGCAAAGGUCAUACACAUUGUAGAAGUAGAUGUCGAACAUGCUGUUACAUUUCCUGUUUAACUAUGAAUGUAAAAAAACUCAGACUAACAAACCUAUAAAAACCCAAGUUAUGACAGAUGUAAAUGAGCAACACUUGCUGGUAGCUAUUUAAGGUUUUGUUUCUCUUAUUCAUAGUUGGACUACAGUAGGUGAUCAUCUGAUUUGCUUUAUCAGUGUAUUAUGCUUGCACUUGCAGCUAUUUUUUUAUCAGUGCAUUGAAAACAAAAUACCUCCAUCAUACAAUCAACAAUCAAAAAGGGGCUGAUGUUUAAUGCAUAACAGAGGGGGAAACAGUGAUAUAUAGUCAGAAGCUCAUGCCCCGUCUUCUUAAAGUAUGUUUUACCAACUUGCUGUGGGACCACUUGUGAAAUUUAUAAGAAAACAGCCAAUGUGAGUAAAAUGUUUGGAGGAUUUUAUGUUUUAAUACAAUCAGUUUGUAUGUGAUUGAGUCAGUCGUGUCUGCUUCACUGCUCUGUGUUACAUAUGUGAAGACAAACAAUACCUGUGUUAAUAUUUACAGAUUUAAGACAAUAUACUGUAGGUUAAUACAGCUUUAACCCUGAUGUCAGAUAUACAAUAAUAAAGGACAGUUGUCCCUUUGAGCUGGUUAUGAAGUGUCGCUGUAGAUGGAAAAACAUGGGUUGUAGUGCAAUUAAUUAUUAAUUAUUGCCGUGUGGCUGGUUACUGUAAUUUCAUAAUCAUCUUUUUUAGAUAUUUUUUAUCAAUGAACUUGCAGUGCUGAACGGUAUUUUGUAUAUUUAAUCCUUAUGAAUAACCACAAAACAGUUACAAGACUCAACUUAAAGGUUCUACUCACUUUGUUGACCCAUGCAGGUGUUUUUACUUACUCUGCUUAACACAUCUCUUCUCAGGACUGUUGCACGAACCAAGAUUGACUGACGUUUCCUUGCAGUUGUUAGAGCAUGACAGUACAGCUCUGCUUGUCUCUGAAUGAAAUAACGCACUCAUUCAGGAGAAGUGAAAACACCUGUGUGGACAUGCAGAGCCUUUAAAGCUCAUUUCGUACUAUAAGUGCUAAAAGCAUCUGCUGCUUAUCUGGUGGUGACAAAAUCAACAUUGUAUUAUAGUUUACUUUAGGCUUUAAUGUGAUGUAGUGUCUGUUUUUAUCUAAAGCUUUCAAUGUGUUAUGUCUGUUCAUACUGAAAGCUUUGUGAUUCCAGAUAUCAGCAAUUUGUAUUUUACUGUCAAAAGUAGCCUGAUUCACUCAUAUCUCAGGAUUAAACAUCAUCGACAAUAUCACUGCUUAAUAACAUGCAGAUUUCACAUUUUGAUCAAGAUGAGGGCUUCGUAUGAUCCUACAAGAUGCAUGACAUGUCCCCAACAAACCAAUGCCUUAAAUGUCUAUGUUUACUUGUUUUUGGAUAAUUUUGUAAUGGAAAUCAUUGGAUAUCUAAACUCAAAACUUGUUUCAUAUCAUGUGUUGCUAGUGCUGCAUUGCAAAGUAGUCUUUUUUGUCUGAUUUUGUUAAUUUGGCAUGCAUUAGUAAGUCUAUGUACAUAUUUUGUUAAUAAUAUUCUAACUUUAUUGCUGCCCAUUGUAAAGAAAUAUGUUAAUACUCACAUUAUAUGGAGAAUAAAGUAUGUUUAAGGCUUCA